AUAUAAUUUUGAAUAGUUGGUGGGCAUGUCACAGAUCAUAAGCUUCCCGGGAAAACUGAAAGCUUCUACUAAUAAACAAUCAUCGUCAUCAUACCACAUUCUUCUUUUGAAAACGACAUUGCAAUCCUGUUUGAUUUCUUGUUGUUCUUUAAGUACUGUCAUUCUGUUCUCUUUUGCUUUCAUAAAAUACCCAGUUCAUUACUUGCUUCUCCUUUACAACUCUCUUGUUCAUCCAACAUCACCUUUAUUUAUGGUAUUAAUUUACAGAAUAUUAUAUGUUCUCAUAAUUUCUUAGACAUCUCCGCCCAUUUAAAUCUCUCUAUAUAUUAGCUUUUGUUGUUGCCUUGUAGUUGUUGGGUUAAUAUUUUGUGCUUCUUCUGCAUAAGCACACAUAAAUAUAUUGAGAGAUCAGAGUAGAUUUGUUUGCGAAUAUGGGGUUUUGUAAAAGGGUGGUUUACAAGCCUGUUGCAGAAGUUGAUGUUAGCUCCAGUAGUGAUGAGGUUUAUAUCAGUGCCAAUGUCAAGGCUCCUCGGAUGGCUGGACUUCUUGUCAAACUGUUUGUCUGGCUCUUGGAGCUGAGGAUACUCAAACCCCUGUUACUAUACAUGUUGAAGAGAGAAAACCAAGUGCACAAGUUUGUCUCAUUUGUGGAGUUGGAAGAUCCCCCUCUAUAUGUCCCUUUGCACCCUUAUGAAGAGCACAGAGAACCAGAAACCAAGUAUCUAGAAUCCGGUCUCUCUCCUUCAGAACAAGUUCAACAGGCGACUGAAUGUAUAGAAUUUUCAGAAAAUAUAGGGGAAAAUGAAAAGAUAAGUUUCAGGCACUGGACAAUUUUGGACUAUUCAAGAGCCUAUUUAUCUCGACAAAUCACUCCCAACAUGGUUGCAGAUAAAUUUAUAGCAUCUGUCCAUCAGUCAAAUGAUCCUGCACUUCAAAUGUCAUUCUUUAUCAGUUGUGAUGAUCAAGAAAUUUUACGUCAAGCUAAUGAGGCGACUCUUAGAUAUGAAAGAGGAGAACCGCUAUCAGCUCUUGAUGGAGUACCAUUUGCUGUCAAAGAUGAAAUAGAUUGUAUGCCUUAUCCAACUACAGGUGGUACAAAGUGGUUGCACAAAGUACGACCUUGUACAGACGACGCUGACUGUGUUAAGCGCCUGAAGCUGUGCGGUGCAAUUAUUGUUGGAAAGACUAAUAUGCAUGAGCUCGGGGCUGGAACAAGUGGCAUAAAUCCUCAUUACGGGGCCCCUCGAAAUCCAUAUGAUACCAAUAAGAUCACAGGAGGCUCUUCUAGUGGAUCUGCUGCUGUAGUUUCUGCAGGAUUAUGCCCUGCUGCCCUUGGUGUUGAUGGGGGAGGAUCUGUCCGAAUUCCUGCUUCUCUAUGUGGCGUAGUGGGGCUUAAGCCAACUUUCAGUCGUGUGUCACAUUCUGGGGUCCUUCCCCUAAAUUGGACAGUUGGGAUGGUUGGUGUACUUGCAGGCACAGUUGAGGAUGCUAUGAUAGUUUACUCAGCUAUCAGCGGUCAGAUCCUAUCCCAUCAACACGUUGAACAGAGGCAUCCAGAAGUACAUCUACCACUCCUAAACUCACCAAACUGCAUGCCGAAAAUCAAGCUGGCAAGAUAUGAUAAGUGGUUCAACGAUUGUUCUUCUGACAUAAAGCUUAGCUGCUCGAAUGCUCUUGAUCAGCUUCAGAAAAUCUAUGGAUGGGAGACUGUAGACAUAAAUGUACCCGAGAUAGAGUCAAUGCGCCUGGCACAUUACAUAACCAUUGGUUCAGAGUGUAAUGCUUCACUUUCUCGCUAUCUGGAAAAACUGGAUAUGGAUGAAGUCGGGUGGGAUGCAAGGGCAGCACUUUCUCUGUAUGGUGCUUUUGACAGCAAGGAAUAUUUAAAUGCUCAGAGAAUCAGGAACCGUCAGCUGCAGAUUCACCAGAAGAUAUUCGAUCAAGCAGAUGUCAUAGUUACUCCGACAACAGGUGUAACAGCCUACACAAUACAGGAUGAUGCUCAGAAGACUGGCGAACUAGACUAUAUAAAUGGCGCUUCACUAGUACGCUACAUGAUAGCAGGAAAUUUUCUGGGAUUGCCUGCAGUUACUGUUCCUGUUGGAUACGACAGAGAUGGCUUGCCUAUUGGUCUUCAGAUCAUCGGAAAACCUUGGUCAGAAGCUUCAUUGAUCUACAUAGCUUACGCAGUCCAGGGAUUGUGUGCAGGGGAGUACAAGAAGCCUGAAGUGUACUAUGAUCUGCUUUCAGGCUUGAAGAAAGGCGAAACAACACAGCAAAACUAAUUUAGAAGCUGUUUUGGCUAUGUAAGUUUUGGACCAUGGGAUUUGAAUCCAGUUACCGCCAAGAAGAAUGGGUUUAUCAUGCAAACAUGUACUAUUAUUUGAAUCUCGUUCUCAUUCCGGGAUUCAAAUCCCAUGAUCCAAACGAACCCAUGAUCUAGUCAAUAAUGAGGCGGAUUGUAAGUACGAUGAUCCAAUGAACUUACCAUGAUCCAGAUGAGUUUUUCUCA